CCAUUUUCCCAGAGAGAGGCAGUGACAUAGAAGGGAGCGUAGGAGGCUGAAAGGAGGGAGACACGGGAGCAGGGGCGGCAGCGGGGUUUGUACACAGGUCCCGAGGCAGAGGCGCUUCUCAGCCGGACCCCGCCGGGCGCUGCGCACUCAGCUGGUGCCGGGGGAGGAGGGAUCUCCCCGUUCUUUUCUUUCUUUUAGCAGAGUGCUGAGGGUCGGUCCUGCCCAGGGCAGGGCUCUCCGCAGUAGGGCGGCUGCAGCGGGCUGGGAUAGGAGGGGGCCCGGCUGAGGUGUGCUGCUGUGGGCCUGUCACCAUUCCAGUCCCAUAUUUUGUUUAACUUCCACUGAGAGACGAAAAGGAGGAGUGAAGAGAGAGAAGAGGGUUUGUGGAUGCACUUAGAUGUUUGCAAUGAGCACUGUGGCUGGCAUGCCCCAGUGUUUUGGAUACCAAUGCAUAGGACUCUGUAGUAAUCGAAUUUAUCAGAAACGAACGUCAUGAGCAUAGUGAUCCCACUGGGGGUUGACACAGCAGAUACUUCUUAUUUGGAAAUGGCUGCAGGCUCAGAACCAGAAUCUGUAGAAGCUAGCCCUGUGGUAGUUGAAAAAUCGAACAGUUAUCCGCACCAGUUGUAUACCAGCAGCUCGCAUUCACACAGCUACAUUGGUUUGCCCUAUGCAGACCAUAACUAUGGUGCUCGGCCUCCUCCAACGCCUCCAGCUUCUCCUCCUCCAACAGUAGUUAUAAGCAAGAAUGAAGUAGGCAUAUUUACCACUCCCAACUUUGAUGAAACCUCCAGUGCUACUACCAUCAGUACAUCAGAGGAUGGAAGCUAUGGAACUGAUAUUACCAGAUGCAUUUGUGGCUUUACGCACGAUGAUGGAUAUAUGAUCUGUUGUGACAAAUGCAGUGUCUGGCAGCACAUUGACUGUAUGGGAAUUGACAGGCAGCAUAUUCCUGACAUAUAUCUGUGUGAACGUUGUCAACCAAGGAACUUGGAUAAGGAAAGGGCAGUGCUAUUGCAGAGGAGGAAAAGGGAAAAUAUGUCAGAUGGGGAUACCAGUGCGACAGAGAGUGGUGAUGAAGUUCCUGUGGAACUGUAUACUGCUUUUCAACACACACCAACUACAUUUACAAUAGCUUCUCCAAGAGUUACAAAGGUCAAUGAUAAGAAGAGGAAGAAAAGUGGGGAGAAAGAGCAGAACAUAGCAAAAUGUAAAAAAGCAUUUCGAGAAGGAUCCAGAAAAUCUUCAAGAGUUAAGGGCUCAGCUCCAGAGAUUGAUCCUACUGACAGUUCAAACUUUGGAUGGGAAACUAAAAUCAAAGCAUGGAUGGAUCGUUACGAAGAGGCAAAUAAUAACCAGUACAGCGAGGGAGUUCAGAGGGAGGCACAAAAAAUAGCUCUGAGAUUAGGCAAUGGAAAUGACAAGAAAGAAGUCAGCACCAGCAAUCUGAUUUUCAAACCUCCAGUAGAGAGUUACGUGCAAAAAAACAAGAAAAUUUUAAAAGCUGCCAAAGAUUUGCCUCCUGAUGCACUUAUUAUUGAAUACAGAGGAAAGUUCAUGCUGAGAGAACAGUUCGAAGCUAACGGAUAUUUCUUUAAAAGGCCAUAUCCAUUUGUUUUAUUUUAUUCCAAGUUUCAUGGGCUAGAAAUGUGUGUUGAUGCAAGGACUUUUGGAAACGAAGCUCGAUUCAUCCGGCGUUCGUGUACACCAAAUGCAGAGGUGAGGCAUGUAAUUGAAGAUGGAACGAUUCAUCUUUAUAUUUACUCCAUCCAUAACAUUCCAAAAGGAGCAGAGAUUACUAUAGCAUUUGAUUUUGAUUAUGGAAAUUGUAAAUACAAAGUGGACUGUGCUUGCCUCAAAGAAAAUCCUGAAUGUCCGGUUCUCAGACGUUCUGAGCCUACAGAAAACAUCAAUACGGGAUAUGAAACCAGAAGGAAAAAGGGAAAGAAAGAGAAGGAUGUUUCAAGAGAAAAAGAGACUCAAAAUCAGAACAUCACAUUGGACUGUGAAGGAGCAGCCACCAAAAUGAAAAUCGCAGAUAAUAAGCAGAGGAAGCUCUCUCCCCUCAGGCUGUCCAUUUCCAAUAACCAGGAGCCAGAUUUUAUUGAUGAUAUAGAAGAAAAAACUCCCAUUAGCAAUGAAGUAGAAAUGGAAUCAGAGGAGCAGAUUGCAGAGAGGAAAAGGAAGAUGACAAGAGAAGAACGGAAAAUGGAAGCUAUCUUGCAAGCUUUUGCCAGAUUAGAAAAAAGAGAAAAAAGAAGAGAACAGGCUUUGGAAAGGAUCAGCACAGCAAAAACUGAGGUUAAAUCAGAAUGCAAGGAACCACAGAUUCUCAAUGACACUGAAUUUAUUCAGGAACCAGCAAAGGAGGAAGCUGUCACUAAGCCUACACCAGCCAAGGUUAAUAGAGCUAAACAGAGAAAAAGCUUCUCUCGAAGCAGAACUCACAUUGGACAGCAGCGUAGACGGCACAGAACUGUGAGCAUGUGUUCAGAUAUUCAGCCAUCUUCUCCUGAUGUGGAAGUAACGUCACAACAUAAUGAAACUGAGAAUGCUGCACUGGUAGCUGAGCCAGAAACAGAAACUGUUGUUACGGAAAUGGUUACCGAAACAGAAGCUCCAGCACUUAAUAAAUGUCCUACUAAGUAUCCUAAAACAAAGAAGCACUUGGUAAAUGAAUGGUUAAGUGAGAAGAGUGAUAAGACAGGGAAGCCUACAGACAGCAUUUCAGAAAGGCCUCUGCGUAUAACCACCGACCCCGAAGUUCUGGCUACGCAACUGAAUUCUCUACCAGGUCUCACCUACAGCCCACAUGUCUACUCUACUCCAAAGCACUAUAUUCGUUUUACUUCACCAUUCCUUUCAGAAAAGAGGAGGAAAAAAGAACCUGUGGAAAACAUGACCGGCUCUUGUAAGAAGCGUUGGUUGAAGCAGGCUUUGGAAGAAGAAAACUCAACAGUGAUUGAUAGAUUUAAUUCGCCAUCGCUAGAGGGAUCUAGAAGCCCAGCCAUCAACGGUGAAAAUAAAAGCCCGCUAUUACUGAAUGACAGCUGUUCCUUAACAGAUCUAACAACACCUCUGAAAAAACGAAGACUGUACCAGCUGUUGGAAUCUGCAUUCUCAGAAACCUCUACACCUACUCCUUCUCCAUAUGCCACACCAACUCAUGCUGACAUUGCUGCCUCAGAGCCAUUGAUGUUUGCUACUCCUCCUAGGGUAAAAACAGAGGAUGAAGCUUGUAGAAAUGGUUACAAACCCAUUUAUUCACCAGUUACUCCUGUAACUCCAUGUAUACAUGGAAAUACCAUGCACUUUGAGAAUAUUUCCUCACCCGACAGUUCCCCGGAAAUAAAAAGGCGAGCUUACUCUCAAGAGGGAUAUGACAGAGCAUCGAUUCUAGCACUGAAUUCUUUCAGAAAUUCCAACCUGACAGAAAUGGGCCUGCAGGAAAUAAAGACUAUUGGGUAUUCCAGUCCACGAAACAGGACUGAUGCGACACGGCAGUGCACAGGAGAAAUGGAAUCUGUGUCAGACCUCCAGCUGGGACUCGAAGUAAUUGAGCAAAGCACACUGCAUAAAAACCUGGAAGCCCCUACACAUGAUAGGACUGAUUCAAGCAGCCAGUUAGAAACUGCUCAUUGUGGACGGGGCACAAUUUAUUCUUCCUGGGUAAAAAGUCCCGACAGGACAGGUGUAAAUUUCUCAAUGAAUUCUAAUUUGAGGGACUUGACCCCUUCACAUCAGUUGGAGGUAGGAGGUGGAUUCAGAAUAAGUGAGUCAAAGUGCCUGAUUCAAGACGAUGCUAGAGGCAUGUUCAUGGAAGCAUCUGUUUUUUGUACUUCAGAAGAUGGAAUUGCAUCUGGCUUUGGAAGAACUGUCAAUAAUGACAACUUGAUGGAUGGGAAUUGCACACCCCAGAAUCCUCCACAGAAGAAAAAGGUAUCCUUGCUAGAAUACCGUAAGAGACAACGAGAAGCUAGAAAAAGUGGCUCAAAGACAGAAAACUUUCCCUUGGUUACUGUAUCUCCUCAUGCUGCUGGUGGAGGAAACAUAAGUAGUAACAGUGGUGCUAAUGAUGGGUUUAACAACAGUGGUGAAAAUGGGGAGCAAAGUGACAACACUGCAAGCCUGCCUGUACCACUGCCAACUGCUGUUUAUAAUGCAACUCCAGAAGAUGUGGGCAACAACAGUGCAACCAAGGAAACUUCUUCCAGUGAGAAGAACGAGCCUGAGGUUCAGUGGACUGCAUCAACCUCCGUGGAACAAGUGAGAGAACGAAGUUAUCAUAGAGCUUUGCUUCUCAGUGAUCAUAGGAAAGACAAGGACUGUGAACCUGAUUCUGAAAAUCCAGAGCCUACUUCUGAAUGUCCAUCCCCAGAUACUUCACAGAAGACGUGCAAGAGUCCUUCAAAAGCAAGCAAGCCCUCUUCGCCGAGUCCUGCAGUUUCAGCGCCAUCACUGGGAAAAACACCCACGAAGCCAGAUUCACACUGGGACACUGCAGCUAAUGCACCAGAGGCCGAAGGCGUGAAUCAUCCAAAAUCAGAGCUGCAACAAAAACAGCUGACAAAUAACGUCCAAGCACUUUCAAAAACUCAUCCAUCUCAAUCACAUCUGCGCAGUUCUGCUGAGCAACUUUCACAUUCACAGAAGUUGCCUUCUGCACCUUUGAAACUCCAUUGUCCCCCUUCGCCUCACGUAGAAAAUCCCCCGAAGCCAUCGACGCCCCACACGCCCGUGCAGCACGGUUAUCUCUCACCAAAGCCUCACUCGCAGCAGUUGGGAUCUCCGUACAGACCUCAUCACCCACAGUCACCUCAAGUCGGAACGCCCCAGAGGGAAACGCACCGUGGUUUCUAUCCCGCAGCGCCAACCCUUCAGCCCAGUAAUCAGCAGCAGGCCAGCGGGCCGCUGUUCGCUCAGACAGCUUCAGGACAAUCCUCGGCUUCUUACGGCCAGUUCAACCAACAGAAUCUGAACAGCAACGCACCACCUCCCCCACCUCCUCCACCCCCUUCUUCCACCUACUAUCAGAACCAGCAGCCCUCUGGAAACUUUCAGAGUUACAGUCAGCUGAAGGGUAGCAUCCCCCAACAGACUGUGUUUUCAUCCGGACCAAACCAAGCACUUCCCGGCUCUGCGGGUCAGCAGACAGUGCCGGGACACCACGUAACCGCAGGGCAUUUCUUGCCCUCUCAGACCCCCAGUAUUCAUCACCAGGCUUCAGCGUCUGCUGCUCCUCCUCCUCCGCCGCCACCCCCGGCUCCGGGCCCUCACCUGGUUCAGCAGCAGGGCAGCCAUCAGCAGCAUUCUGUAGCACACGUCGUCGGCCCGGUUCACGCUGUGGCGGUGGCUCCCGGAUCUCACAUUCACUCUCAAGCUGCCGGUCACCACCUGCCGCCCCCGCCUCCGCCGCCGGGCCCCAUUCCCCACCACCAGCCUCCUCAUCCUCCAGCCGGACACCAAGGUUUGCAAGCACAACACCAGCACGUUGUAAACUCUGCUCCUCCUCCCCCUCCGCCUCCCCCGUCCAAUGUCAUAGGCUCGGGGCACCACCCGGCGUCGGCACAAGGCUUGCACCACCCGUCGCAUCAAGGACCCCCCCACUUUCCCUCAGGCGCUCACACGAGCGUGUCCUCCUACUCCUCGCAAGCCCCCCACCACACCACGUUAGGACCCGGACCUCAACAUCAGCCUGCUGGAACAGGGCCUCAUUGUCCGCUCCCCGGUCAGGGUCCCCACAUCCAACCUCAAGGACCAAACAGUAUUGCGACCCCCACCGCUUCAGGGUUCUGCCCGCACCCUGGCUCAGUCACGCUCCCGCACGCAGUGCAAGGACCGCAGCAGGCGUCCCCGGUGCCCGGACAGAUCCCCAUUCACAGAGCACAGGUGCCGCCCACCUUUCAGAACAAUUACCAUGGCUCAGGGUGGCACUAAAACGGAUCCCCUUAAUCCUAACAUUUUUAAAUGUGCUGUAAUAUAAACUGUGUAUAUUUCAUAUGUACCUACGGGAGGUACUUUUUAAAGCUUGUACAUGAUACUUUGUAUAAAAGCAAACACCAGUGCUCUCUCAUUGUAUCUUUCCAUUUUUUGCUUUUUAAAAUUCCCAGAAACGUGCUGUUCAGCCAGUAUUAGGUAUUCCUUUUUAUUUUGUAAGUGAACAUUCCAGCUGUUUUUUCUGGCAGUAGGUUUGAUGCUGCAUAAUCUUUAAAGUUUUAUCGUUGCAGUUAAAUUCAUUUAGUGAAUGUUUUCUAUAUUACUUUUAUACAUAUGUAAUUAAGUAAGUACACAGGCUAAGUGAUGGCACUAACAACUUUUUUUUUUUCCAUUUUCUUCUGUCGACAGUUUUGUGUGCAUAGAGAUAGAAAACAAUGCAAUACAAAUUUUUAUAGUUUUGGUGUGGACAUGGCUUUUUGUUUCAUCAGUUAUUUGCAGAAAAUGUAAUUUAAUGUAUAGACCGUUUCUAAUGUCUGAGUGCUGUAAAUACUGUAUUUCUUUUGCUUGUAAAAUUGCUUAAAGCUGCUUUCAUUUGAUAGAGUAUUGUAUAUAAUAAGUCUCUUUUGCAAAAAAAAAAAAAAAGUGUGAUCUUUGUGAAAGUAGUACAGUAUAUGAUCUUUAAUUUUUUUUAAUAUACUGUCACAUUGCAGCACUGGUUGGGCAUUUUAAUUCAUGUUAAUAAAUCACAAUUAUGUCAGUUUUAA